GACAUGUCAAAGGUCAGUCAGUGGAAAGGUGUGGAGUGUAAACGGAUUUUACACUGUUUAAUGUUCUCGUCGUGAAAUAAUUAGUCCGUUCUAAAUGUUGUAUUAGUGAAGUGUUUUAAUGAAAUCAGCUUUCGAUUUCUAAAUUGGAUUAGUCCCAGCUAGCAAAAUGGCUUCUGGAGACACAAUCGAAACUAUUCAAACUAUGGAUACAUUUCAAAUGACAAAUAUGAAUAGCUCCAAGGAUAUUCCAGGAUUUCGUGAAUCAUCAGAAACGGAAGAAAUUGAUGACAAAGAUGAUAAUUCGGUGGCGUUCAAAAGCGUACAAGACAUUAACCAAAAAACUCUUCCAAGUGAUAAUAAACCUAAAAAUGAAAGAGAAAGAAAAAUCGGUCAUCGGCGGGUUGGCGUGGGUGGUGAAAUCACAUACAAGAAAAUUCAGUCAACGCAAAUUAUGGGUUCGAUUCAACUGGGCAUCCAGCAUGCUGUUGGCGGUUUGGCAUCGAAACCUGAAAGAGAUCUCUUGAUGCAAGAUUUUAUGACGGUGGAAACGACAAAUUUUCCUAGCGAAGGAUCAAAUCACACGCCAGCUCAUCAUUAUUCGGAGUUUAAGUUCAAAAAUUACGCACCUAUAGCUUUCAGGUACUUCCGAGAUCUAUUUGGUAUCCAACCCGAUGACUUUUUGAUGUCAAUGUGUAACACGAGAUUAAGAGAAUUAUCGAAUCCCGGUGCUAGCGGUUCCAUUUUUUAUGUUACUUUCGACGAUGAAUUCAUCAUUAAAACGGUUCAACAUAAAGAAGGAGAGUUUUUACAAAAAUUGUUAGCAGGAUAUUAUAUGAAUCUCAAUCAGAAUCCUAGGACGUUAUUGCCGAAGUUCUUCGGACUUUAUUGUUAUCAAUGUAAUAGUAAAAAUGUAAGACUGGUCGUCAUGAAUAAUUUAUUACCUAGUAGCAUUACUAUGCACCAGAAGUAUGAUCUUAAGGGCAGUACCUACAAAAGAAAGGCUUCAAAGGCAGAACGAGCCAAAAGAGCCCCGACUUAUAAAGAUCUGGACUUCAUGGAGCAUCAUCCUGAAGGUAUAUUCAUGGAGGCGGAUACUUAUAAUGCUUUAACGAAAACAAUUCAUAGAGACUGUAGAGUAUUAGAAAGUUUUAAAAUUAUGGAUUAUAGUUUAUUAUUAGCAAUACAUAAUUUGGAUCAGGCGCAGAAAGAAAAAAUGGAACGAAAAUCUCAAAGUAACAUAGAUAGGUUAGUACCUGAGGGCCAGCUAGGCGAUACUAGUUCGGCUCUAAUUCUCGAAGAAAGGGAGAGAGAAAAAGAAGACAGAAUGGGAGCUGCAGGUGCAUUAAACCGUAGCAAAUCGAUAAAUAGACAAAGGCUGGUUGCACAUUCCACUGCUAUGGAGAGUAUUCAGGCUGAAUCUGAACCUAUAGACGAGGAUGACGAUACACCACCCGGCGGUAUUCCGGCAAGAAACGCAAAGGGUGAACGUCUUCUCUUAUUUAUAGGAAUAAUUGAUAUUUUGCAGAGUUAUAGAUUAAAGAAAAAAUUAGAACAUACGUGGAAGUCUAUGAUACACGAUGGUGAUACAGUAUCUGUACAUAGACCUAGUUUUUAUGCUCAAAGAUUCCAGAAAUUCAUGUCACAGACUGUGUUUAAGAAGAUUCCAUCACCUUUGAAACAUUCUCCAUCGAAGAGGAAAUCGUUAUCUCGACCGUUAGGAAGACAUGAAGAAGCUAGCGAACGAGAAACUACAGUUCAGGUGAAGGUGAAUAAUACUAUACCUCAUAGUGGAAGUAAAACAGGUAUCGCUCCGAGCUGUUGCAGUACGCCUCCUCCGACGUACGAAGGCUUAGACGACGAUCCAUCUCACGUGCGGUUGGCAAUGGGGGCAGCGUCAUCAUUGCCGUCGCAAGUGCACUCAGGCUCUCAUUCCUCCCAAUCAACACAAUCCUAUGUUUCUUUACAUCAUAUCGCUGUUAGAAAUUAUAAGGACGACUCUAUGAGCAUAAGUGACAUUAAGCUAGAAUCUCGUCCAGAAAACAAAUCAUCAUCGCUUAGUGUAGAAUCGGGCAGUUCAGGUGCGGGUGGAUAUUCGAGUCAUUCCAGGGGGUUGGCAUGGACUCCCCCGACCUCCGUUGAAGGCUCCACUCCGACCUGGACUGAAGGUACACCCUCUUUUACCGAAUCAUCAAGUAGUGGAGAUAUGGGUUGUCCAACGACUCCCUUGAGGCAAGGAACCCAUACGUCUUCGAAAUCUCAUCACAAGAAAACCGUGGAACACGCUAUCAACUGUCUUACCACUGAAAUGAAUUCUUCCAUUUUGACAAGUGAACCGUCUCGGGCGAGGAAGUAACGACGUACUUUGGAAAAAGUUACAUAAAGUGUUACUCUGCUAGGCCUUGUUAUGGUUAGUGGCUGCAAGCCCUCCAAAGAGAUAAUAUUAUCCAGCUGCAGAUGUGGAUCGUUCGCCGGCUUUCGAGAUAUAAACCCGCCCGAAGCGUUCAAACAUUACCUAAAACUGCUGGUGUUUUUGUGAAGCUUUAAUAUCAAUGUACAAAAUUUGGUGGCACGUUUUGUUGUAAAAUUUUGCUGCAGAUGAACUGUGAUGGGAUUACAAUGUGGCCAUUAUAAACCUGUCAUGAUUUAUCAGCUUAUUAUUAUAUAAAUAUAAAUAUAUAAGAAUUAAUAAGUU